GCUGCGGAGGCGGCAAAGCGGCCCAGCGCUCCAUCCGUGCUCAGCCCAGAGCCGAAGCCAAAAGAGGGCCCUGAGCCCGGCUCCAUGAGGACGCUACUGACCAUCCUGGCCGCGGGAUCCCUGGCAGCUCACAUUGCUGAGGACACCUCGGAUCUUCUUCAGCACGUAAAAUUCCAGUCCAGCAACUUCGAAAACAUCCUGACGUGGGACAGUGGGCUGGACAGCGCCCCAGACAUUGUCUACAGCGUCGAGUAUAAAAAGUACGGAGAGAGAGAGUGGCUGGCGAAGGAGGGCUGCCAGCGGAUCACCCGGAAAUCCUGCAACCUGACCAUGGAGACGGGCAACUUCAUGGAGUUCUAUUAUGCCCGUGUAACUGCCCUCAGCGCGGGAGGCCGGUCAGCCACCAAGAUGACCGACCGGUUCAGCUCACUGCAACACACUACCAUCAAACCACCCGAUGUGACCUGUAUCCCCAAGGUGAGAUCCAUCCAGAUGAUCGUCCAUCCCACCUCCACGCCAAUCCGCGCAGGGGAUGGCCACCGGCUUAGCCUGGAGGAUGUCUUCUCUGACCUAUUCUACCGCUUAGAGCUCCAGGUCAACCACACCUACCAAAUGCACCUUGGAGGGAAGCAGAGAGACUACGAGUUCACUGGCCUGACCCCUGACACAGAGUUCCUUGGGACCAUCAUGAUUUUUGUUCCAACCUGGUCCAAAGAGAGCGCCCCCUACGUGUGCCGAGUGAAGACGCUGCCAGAUCGGAUGUGGACAUACUCCUUCUCAGGCGCCUUCCUGUUCUCCAUGGGCUUCCUCGUCGCCGGGCUCUGCUACCUGAGCUACAGAUACAUCACCAAGCCGCCUCCGCCUCCCAACUCCCUGAAUGUCCAGCGAGUACUGACCUUCCAGCCUCUGAGGUUCAUCCAGGAGCACGUGCUGAUCCCUGUCUUUGACCUGAGCAGCCCCAGCAGUCUGGCCCAGCCCGUCCAGUACUCCCAAGUCAGGGUCUCCGGGCCCAGGGAGCCCCCGGAAGCCCCACCACUGCACAGCCUGUCUGAGAUCGCCUAUCUCGGGCAGCCAGACAUCUCCAUCCUCCGGCCCUCUGGAGUGCCACCUCACCAGACGCUCUCCCCACUGUCCUACGCACCCCAGGCUGCCCCCGAAGUCAGGCGCCCCUCCUAUGCACCUCAAGUAACCCCCGAAGCUAAACCUCCAUUCUACACUGCACAGGCCAUGUCUGAGGUCCAGCCUUCCUCCUAUACCCCUCAGACCACUCCAGACUGCUGGCCUUCCUAUGGGACCUGUGGGGAAGGCUCUGGCAGAGACUCCCCACCUGUGACACUCUCUAGUCCCAAACACCUCAGGACUAAAGGUCAGCUCCAGAAAAAGGCACCAGCUGGAACCUAUAUCCCAGAUGGCCUUUCUCUGCAAGGGGUGACCUCCUUGGAUAUGGAGGACCCCCAAGAAGCAAAUUUCUUCCAGCAGCAUCUGGGAGUUCACACGGACAGAGUACCUGACCCCAGUGUGCUACACAGAGGGGAACCAGGGACACCAUCGUACCUAAAGGAUCAGCUCCCCCUCCUCUCUUCUGUCCAGAUCGAGGGCCACCCGGUAUCCCUCCCUUUGCACACUCCUUCCCUCUCGUGUUCCCCCACAGACCAGGAACCAAGUCCCUGGGGCCUGUUGGAGUCCCUCGUGUGUCCCAGGGACGAGGGUCCCAUGUCUGAGAUGGAGGCCCUGAGCCCAGCCUCUCAGGCCUCAGACCUGGAGCAGGCCACAGAACUGGACUGUCUCUUCAGAGGCCUGGCCCUGACCGUGCAGUGGGAGGCCUGAGCAGAGAACAGGGCAAGCCUGGGGCUUCCUCCUCGUCCCCACCCAAGCUCACAUCGUUGGCCAUCGCUCCCACACCCAACCUUGCUGCAUGCUCUGCAGCCCCGCCUCAGGGGAGUUCCCUUGAAAGAACCAAAGGAAAGAGGGACCGGGGGCCCCUGCCACGGCUGAGCUAUGGUUGGAGCAAAUCGGCAUGAUGAGGACUCCAGCCAGAGGAGUUCCGGGUGUGCAUCAUGUGCAAAUGAGCUCUGCGGGGCAGGAGGGGAUAGUCAAGUGCUGGGAGUUAAUGCAGGGAGACUUCACGGAAUCCAGCUCCCCCAGCUUCUGAGAUGCUGGACACAAAGUUCUCCACCCCACUCCUGGCCAGUUUCAUGAUCUAGUUUGACAGAGAGUGAGGUCUCUACCUCCUCUGUGGUUCCCAUAUCCUGAAAAAUGGAGCCUGGAAAGGACUCCUCACAGCAGCCUGGGCCAAACCAGAACAACCUGCACUUCUGCCAAAGCCAGAGGUAGCGCGACUGCAAGACUCCAGAGAAGGGUGUGGCCUGGGGCUCAGGUCCACCCAAGCCGCUGUCAGAAAUCACACCAUCUCAACUUCUCUCCUCUGCUAGAGGCUUGACCGCGGGUGAAACGCAGGUCCUCCCAUGAGGGAGAACACACAAGCCUUUUCUGCCGGCAGAAGCUGCAGACCCUCUCCUGAGAGCGGGGUUCCUAAGGAACGGGCGUCCAUGUGGCCCACAAGAAAGAGCACGCACUUCACAACUUUGAAAACUCAGCCUUGGGCUCAGCUCAUCUGGGCUGAAAUUUCUGCCUUACCACUUACCAGCUGUAUGACUUCAAGCAAAUGAAUCACUGCUCAAAACGUCAGUUUCUUCAUCUGUAAAAUGGGGAUCGUAACACGGACUCCACGGGGUUGUGGUGAGGAUGACAUGAAUAAUAUCUAUAAAGUACUUAAUAGUGCCUGGCACGUGGGCAG